AUGAUGACCAAGAUUUUGACCGUAUUGGUGGUGCUGUUGUUGGCGAGUGUCAACGCUGGUUCCUUUGCACGCCGUGGAGCGGUGGACUCCAACAAGAAAGAGGCGGUUCAUGUGUCGAUACUUCCUCCCGUUCCCGCCUUUGUCAACACGGCCAGAACAACCACUCCUCGAGCCCCAACGCGUCGCGGCGCCAAGCAAACGACCCAAAAAAUUGAAUCCUACUCGCUGGAAGCGUCCUUGUGUGCUCCUGAAGUUCUCCGGGGAGGCGCACAAGAAGAAAGCCGUGGUAGAAGACAGUAA